UUUCAAGGUUACAUCAAGGCUAAACAGUCCAAGAGGAGUGUUGUGAAUCGUUGAUGUAGAAUAAAUACCUACCUCAGAUUUUAGUUUACAUUUACAAUGCCAACGCAACACAUUGCUCUGGCAUUAUUCUUAGUUCUACUGGCAAUCGGAGUCAUCAUUUUGAUCAGCAUUUUAGUUAUUGUCAAAAGACGUAUAGCUCGACGAAAAAGCCGGAUAGGACGUACUACUUAUAAUUCAUGUGGACAUGGCCUACCAAAAGUUUGGAAAUCAAAUAUUGAGAAAAAAAUUAAUGGCACUGUGAAAAUACGCACUGAACCUCAGGUAUUCGGUCCUCAUUAUUCUGAAAAUUACGAUGUCUACACUUCUACUGGUAUGUUUAAUGUAACCCAAACAUCAAUAAUUUGGCCUAUUUUCUUUAUCAUAUUACAGGUGAAGUAACUUUCCUUUAUCGUGCUAAAACAGUCGAUCAGUUUCUCAUGUUAAAACAAGCCAUACUUUCUUUAGAUUCGACAUUAGAAGCUCCUCCAUUAAGAGAUAUACGUGAUUUCUUAUUGACAGCUCGUCAUAAUAUCAUGAAUCCGCCACCAUCUCGUGAUCACAUUGAAGAAUAUUGUCAACUGUAUUUAUGGGCAAGACAUGAUUUGAAUCCUUUUGGUGAAUCAGAAUAUAAACGGUUUUGCGAGUUGCAAAUUAAUUUAUUAGAAAUAGUCAAUCGUACAAAACCUUGGCCUGUCUAUUCAUCAGGUGGUACCAAUACUAUUGGUCAGUCAUCAUCCGAACAGCCAUCAAAGAUACAUAAAAGAAAUCAUUCAAAUUUUAAAAUUAAUUUCCCAUCAUUUCUAUUUAAGGCAACAGAACAUUCACAACCUCGUGUUGUUCAUUCAAGUGCUUCUGUUACAACAGUAACAACUACAAUACUAUCGUCAUCAUCACCGCUAACAACAACGAUAACUACAAGUAUUGCAUUAUCAACACCUAUAUUGUCAUCACCAUCAAAGUCUAUAGUUAAUCAAUCACGUCCAACACGUGUUAAAGUAUUAUCCAGAACUGGACAACCUAGCGGUUUAAAUUUAAAACGUUUAUCUCAUUCAACACAUCGUAAAAAGCGUGAAUUAUUAGUUUCAUCAUCUGAACAUGAAACGCUUACUAAAAAUUCACAUUUAAUUCAUCCAACUCAUGUCUUUACAAAUGAUGUCAUCGGUGAAAUUGAUUCCAAUGUAGAUUUAACUUUAUUAAAUAAAAUCGAUAGAAUGGAAACAAAAACUGGUAGUUCUUCACAUCGUCGUGAUAGUUGUCAAAGUGAUGGUUCACAAACAGCGUUAAUUGAUUUAGAGCCUGUUAUUGUUGUGAAUCAAUCUAAAACAUUAUCACAACCAUCACGACAAAUGAAACUCAGUGAACCUUAUAUUAUUCAACCGGAUAUAAAAAAUCUAACACGAUUUAACAAAGGUAUGGAAAAUCAAGGUGUAAAUUGUUGAUUAAUUUAUAUUGUAAAUACAUUUUCAAUUGUUACAGUUAUAUUUUCUUCUAUAUUCUUAUGGAUCAAUAAUAAGUAGUAUAUAUCUGUAUAGUCAGUAUUUAAGUAGUAUAUCUAAUAAUGUGUAAAUAUUUAACGUUUUAUUUUAUUUAUUUUUUUUUAAAUUUUUUGUAAAUCUAUCCCUAUUUAAACAUUUGUAAAUAGUAAAAAUCAUCUGAUAGUUAUUUAUUUUGACCUUUACGAAUUUCAGUUUAUUUUUAUGAGUAUCUCUGAAGUUCUACUACGACUUAUUAAGCUUCGCUUUCAAUCGUCGAGAGAUUAUUUCAGAAUAUAAUUGUCACACAUUUAAUCACUUCUGUAUACUUGAUGCUUAAUUUCUGUCAAACUAUUCAUUCUAAUCUUGGCGAAUAUUCUUAUACAUUAUAUGAUGUAAAUUUCAAGAGUUCUACCUGUAAUCAAUACUCAAACUCAUGGUUGAUUGAGUUAAGAAAAUCGUAUUGUUUUUUUGAUUGAGAUCAUGAACCGAGUGAUGUUAGACCACCAUUGAAAACCUAAAAGUA